AAGGAGCCCGCGGCAGUGCAGAUGGCGCUGGACCGAUCUGAGCAGUCCCAUGGCCAUAGUGUUGGAGCAGGUCACGCCUGUGUUUGUGCUCCUGCUGAGGGUCCCGCGUUGCUGGUAUGAGUAGUUUGCUCUCACCUCCAACAGCUCCAGCGUGUUCUCAGGUUAGGUGAGAAGACCUCUAACGUUGCGUGGUCCCAGGCGACUGGAUGCAGGUAGGGGGCAGGAUUCGGUGUCACUGAGAGGACGCAGGAAGUGGGACGCGCAGAACUGUCUCAUCUGGGCCUCCGGGAUUGGCCACAGGGAACCUGCAAGUACACAGUUGUCAACCUCCAGCCACCAUUGACUCAGAGGUCCACCUCUGGCAGCUCUGAUCUCAGAAAAAAACCUACAUAACUUUAAGCAAUUCUAUGGUGGGAUUAGCAUGGUCAUGUCAGUGCAGAAUAGCACAGAUCUGACCCCAGCUUCCUUUGUUCUGAAUGGGAUCCCAGGCCUGGAAGACAUGCACAUCUGGAUCUCCUUCCCUUUCUGUUCCAUGUAUGCAGUGGCUAUGAUGGGGAACUGUGGACUCCUCUAUCUCAUCUUCUUUGAGGAUUCCUUACACAGACCCAUGUACUACUUUUUAGCAAUGCUUUCUCUAACAGACCUUGUCAUGUGCUCUAGUACAAUCCCCAAAACCCUGUGCAUCUUCUGGUUUCAUCUCAAAGAAAUUGGAUUUGAUGACUGUCUUGUACAGAUGUUCUUCAUCCAUACCUUCACGGGGAUGGAGUCUGGAGUGCUCAUGCUCAUGGCUCUGGACCGCUAUGUAGCCAUCUGCUACCCUCUGCGUUACUCCACCAUUCUCACCAAUCCUAUCAUUGCCAAGAUUGGGUUAGCCACCUUCCUGAGGGGCGUUCUGCUAAUUAUUCCAUUCACAUUUCUCACCAAGCGCCUACCCUACUGUCGAGGCAAUAUAAUAAACCAUACCUACUGUGACCACAUGUCUGUAGCCAAGUUGUCCUGUGGCAAUGUCAAGGUGAAUGCCAUUUAUGGUCUGAUGGUUGCUCUCUUGAUUGGGGGCUUUGACAUCCUGUGCAUCACAAUCUCCUAUACCAUGAUUCUGAGGGCAGUGGUCAGCUUAUCAUCAGCAGAUGCUAGGCAGAAGGCCUUCAGCACCUGCACUGCCCACAUCUGUGCCAUUGUUUUCUCCUAUAGCCCAGCCUUCUUUUCCUUCUUUUCCCACCGCUUUGGGGGGCACACAAUACCUCCAUCUUGCCACAUCAUUGUGGCUAAUAUUUAUCUGCUUUUGCCUCCCACUAUGAACCCUGUUGUCUAUGGAGUGAAAACCAAACAGAUACGAGACUGUGUCAUAAGGAUUCUUUCAGGGUCUAAGGAUUCCAAAGCUCACGGUAUAUAAAUGAGCUUUGGCAGGGCAACAGAGAAGAAGUACAUCUAAUUGCUUGCUUAGGUGAGUCCUAGUAAAAUCCUUGCACAUACACUACCUUAACAAGGCACUAAAAUCUAGACUGUGUUAAAUGUAUUCUUCAACAUUUCUGGAAAGCUCACCCAGCUUCCCCUGACUAUAGCUUCUCUUUCGAAGCACUAAUCUAUGGGAUGGCCAGGUUUCACUGACAGAACACAAUGAAAAAUGGAUAAAGCUUGAGGAUUUUAACUCAAUUUAUCGACUGCAGUUUUAAGUUUUAAGUCAAUAUAUCAACUGUAAUACUUAGAAUAUAUGUCAGUUAUUGCUUUUAAUUGAGUACAUAUGUAUGUAUAUGUAAAUGUGUGUAUACUGAUAUAGAUAUUUGUAUAUAUAUUAAUAUACAUAGGGAUAUAUGUAUGUAUGUAUGUAUGUAUGUAUGUAUGUAUGUAUGUAUGGAAUACAAAGCCCCUGUUUUUCAAAUACUUCUUUCUUCCUGAAAGGAUAGAGAUAUUUCUCAUAAAGUCAUGAAUAUAAUGAACUUUUAUCAUAUAGGGUUCUUAAUAGAAUCUUAUUAGGCUACCUAGGCUUCUCUAUCCAAGACACUGUUAUAAUUAUUUCACAGCAGAACAAUUAACUGUCCCAUUUCCUUCAAGGCAGGCUUAAAGAUCAUGCAGUCCAGAAUGAGAGCUAAUUCCCUGAAACACAUUUAAGAAAAUUCAUAUAUUUCCCUAGAAAAAAAUCAUAUAAAAACUAUCAAAUUUUUUAAAGUUUUCUCCAAUUGCAAGUAUAAUAAAAUCAAAUAUUCCUCUAAUUUUUCAGAGUAUAUUAAAUAAAAAUAGUUCAAAGAAACAGUAUUUGUAUAUUUAAUGUUUUGUUAGCUGAGUUAACUUAUAAGGAAUGCAGAGUAAACAUAUUUUUAUUCUUACUUUUCCCUGUCCAGGAGGCAAGAAAACACAUUCUUUCAAAUCAUAAUUUGAGAGAUCAUAAUGAUGAAUUAUAGUCACCAAAUUCCACUCAUCUACUUCAAAAACCUUUUGUACAGUAUCACAUUUAAUAACCUAUUAGGUGACACCAUCUUAAAAAUAGGUGCUGGAGACUAUUACCAAGAUCCAAAACUGUUCAAAAGACACUGGAUAUGUCACUACAGGGUGUCCAACCCCUGUGAUGCAACUAAAUUGCAACUUAUAUCCCUAAGGCUCAGGAAAAAUAAUGGAAAAUUGGGUGGGAAGAUUGUAAGAACCAGAGGGCCAGGACACCUUCUGUUAAAUAGUACUUUGUAGACACAAGGAAGCUGAACAUAUGAAACCCUAAGAGUAUGAUUGCCUAAAACAGGUAUGUAUGUAUGUAUGUAUGUAUGUAUGUACACAUAUGUAUUUGUAUGUAGCAAUAACUAAAGAAGAUUUUGUGAACUUGAGAUGAAAUGAGACAUGGAAGGAUAUGGAAAGGAGUAAAAAUGAUGUAAAUAGAGUAUAAUGUAUGAAAUUCUUAAAUGAGUAAAUGUUACUUAAAACUG